UGGAUUGAUUCGCUCCUCCAUCCAUGGAAAUUUGAUACCUACCAAGCCACUAGAAACGUUGAAGUGUCAACUAUGGAAACGAGAUAAUCAAACCCGCUUCGCUUCUCUGUUCUAUCUUACAAACCUGACUUGCGUCAUCUCCAUGAUUCCCCUGAUAGAUUCUCAAAUUUCCGCUUCGUUCUCCAUUUCCAGAGCUAACCCAAUUCGCAUUUCUCUUCUACAACCUCGCUUUUUCGCGCUUCCACUUUCUUCCUCUCCUCAUGGCCUUAAUUAUCCUCGUAUUGUAAAAUCUCCAUCUCUCUCGAAUUCAUCUUCAUUCUUCUCACUCUCUAGUUUUGUAUCCACCUCCCGUCUUCUUAGGGUUUCGAAAAUUAGAACCCAAAUUUGCAGCGGUGAAGAUGAAAAAGAUGGAAUUUCCACCGAACUCCAGGACUUAUCGCCCAACGGCCCAAUAUAUAAGAAAACGCUGCAAUUGGUUGAGUGCUCCAUGUUUGCUGCGCUUACUGGCUUAGUCUACUUCUUGAGCAACUCUCUCGCCGUCGAGAAUUACUUUAGCUGUUUCUUCUCGUUGCCCAUAGUAAUCUCCUCAAUGAGAUGGGGUGUUGAUGCUGGAAGAAAAACUCUGGUGGCAACUACUAUACUUUUGUUGGUCUUAUCUGGCCCAGUGAAAGCUUUGACCUUCUUCCUUAAGCAUGGCAUAGUUGGUUUCACAAUGGGUACUUUAUGGAGGUCGGGAGCAAGUUGGAACCUCUCAAUCUUCUUGUGCACAAUUGUAAGAUCGCUAGGUGCUGUGGGUUUUGUCUUGAUUUCAUCCUUCUUGAUAAGGGAAAACAUACUGGCUUUGAUCACCAUUAACAUUCAUGCUUCUCUUACAUUUGUGCUCACUGCAUCGGGUGUUAAUACAAUUCCUUCCAUGAACGUGAUUUAUGCCCUUUUUGGCAUUUUGGUUCUGCUCAAUAGUGGAUGUUUCAUGUUCUUGCUCCACCUGCUGUAUUCUGUAUUCCUCGCUAGACUUGGGAUGAGGUCUUCGCUGAGGUUGCCAAGCUGGCUGGAGAGGGCUAUAUGAUGCCAGGCCAUAUAUCUUUGGGCCUAGGGUUGUUCCCAAACUUGGAAUUGGAAUUUCUUCCAUUUCUCUCCUUAUUUUUAUGGGUUUUGGGAAUUGAGUUGGGAUAGUUUGGCUGAGUGCCUGAGUUUGUUUAUGUUAUGUUCUUACAGUGGCACAAAUUUAACAGCGAACUAAUUAGCUAAAAAUCAAUCAUUACAGCAAAGCAAUGUUUAUUCGUGCAGUUAAUGCAUA